AUGGAAAUUCGGGAGAUCGCGGCGGCGGAUACCCACGACUUACGGCACAGGAUAUUAUGGCCUGAUCGACCCUUGGACUAUGUGAAGCUGGAGGAGGACGAAACGGGUCGACACUUUGGGACCUUCAUGGAUGGGCGCAUCGUGAGCGUCAUUUCCCUCUUCCAAAAGGCCGACGACGCUCGCUUCCGAAAGUUUGCUACCGAUUCAUCAUGGCAGGGGAAGGGCAUUGGGUCGGCACUGCUCCAGUAUACAAUUGAGGAAGCAAGGAAGACAGGCGCUCGUGUUAUUUGGUGUGAUGCCCGGAGCUCCGCGCUUCCCUUUUACCAGCGAUUCGGGAUGGAGGCUGAAGGAGAGGUAUUUUACAAAGGUGGACUGCCAUAUUUGGUGAUGCGCCGGACACUUUGA